AUGACUUCCCUCCUCGAAAAAGACCAAAAGGUCCCGGCGGUUGAAGUCACCAAGGAAGCGGUCUCUGUCAAUAGUCCUGGAUUAAAAGACGUCGAGCUUGGAGAAUCAGUUGCUUUGGCUGAUGAUGAUAAAAUGCUUAUGAGCCUGGGCUACAAACCCGUCUUCCAACGUAAAUUCUCUUACUUGAGUGUCUUUGGUCAGUCUUUCGGUGCAAUGGGCCUUUGCCCCUCCAUUUCUGGCUCCCUCAUAUUCGCCAUGAAUUGUGGUUCUGGCGGUAUGGUCUGGUCUUGGUUCUUGGGAUGUUUUUGCUUGCUUCCCGUUGCCAUUUCUAUGAGUGAACUAGCCUCCUCAAUGCCUACUUCCGGUAGCUUAUAUUACUGGAUAGCCAAACUUUCUCCCAAAAAGUACCGAGCAUUCCUUAGUUGGCUAUUGGGUUAUGUGAGUAUGCUUGCUUAUGGUACCGGCUUCGCUUCCACCGUCUAUGCUGCUUCUUCUCUUCUGAUAGCUACCAUUUCCGUUGGGAAUUCUGGUUUUUCCCCUACAAAGUAUGAACAGUAUGGUAUCUAUAUUGCUUUCAGUAUCGCUUGUUCUUUCCUCAUUGCUAUGCCGACAAAUUACCUAGCCCAUUUCAACAAGUUUUGUGUGUUUUUCCAGAUUUCCACCGCCUUGAUCAUUAUCAUCAGUCUUGCAGCUUCCUCUAAUUCCCAUACCCGGACGAGCGCCAGUUACAUCUUUACCAAUUUUCAUAAUUACUCAAGCUGGAAAAACACGGGCUGGGCAUUCAUCAUGUCUUUUACCACUCCAGUAUGGGUUGUUUCGGGGUUUGAGUCAUGCGCUACCGUUGCUGAGGAAGCUACAAAUCCUUCUGUGGCCGCCCCAAUUGCUCUUAUAUCUAGUUUAUCGGCAGCUUUGGUUUUGGGUUUUUGCGUUAUGGUUACCAUUUGCGCUACCAUGGGGUUUGACUUUGAAGCCAUUAUGAAUAGUACUACAGGAGAGCCCGUCAUACAAGUUUUGUUAAACAACCUGGGAGUUAAUGGUUGUCUUGGGGUAUCUUCUGUUUUGAUCGUUGCUCUUUGCUUAAACUGCUCUUGUUUGUGUGUCGGAGCAACAAGAGAAGUCUUUGCCUUUUCCAGAGAUGGUGGCCUUCCAGCUAGUAAAUAUCUUUCAAAAAUCACUUCAAAAGGUGUCCCGAUUAAUGCAAUCAUCGGGGUGGACAUAUACGCUAUCUUGAUUGGCUUGCUUAUGUUGGUGAAUGAAGCAGCGAUCUCUUCCGUUUUUAACUUGGCUAUCAUUGCUCUGUUUGUUGUUUAUUCCUUACCUUUUUUGGCAAGAAUUUUAUUUGAUCGCCUUAAACCAGGUACGUACUUUAUUUUAGCCUUUUUACUAACUUUGCAACUGGUAAAUUCUAUUGUGGAAAGUUUAGUAAACCGCUAG